AUUCGCCGAGUUGCCGUUCUUCUUGCUUCUUGGGCUUGUCCGCUUGUCGUCCUGUUCGCCAUCUUGAAAUUACCAUUUAUUGACAGUUUAAGGAGCAGCAGUGACUAAAACCGUUUCCGGCUUCUGAAUUUUGCCCAGCUCAUCAGUAGGAAAAUGAAUAGAGAUCGUUCGAGAUCAAGAGGCGGGCCAAUGAGAGGCGGCAGGGGUGGUAUGGGUGGCCGAGGUGGUGGGGGCAGAGGUGGUGGGAGAGGAAGAGGUGGUGGUGAUGGGGGUGGCAUGUUUGACCGGAAGUCAUCGAGUCAGCUAAAACGACCACGUUGGAGUAUGGAGGAACUCCAGGCGUUUCGAAAGGACUUCUACGAACCUCAUCCAAAUAUCGUUAACAGGCCGCAGGCUGAAGUGGAUGCUUACAGAAAUGAAUUUGAGAUGACACUAAAAGGAGAAAACAUUCCUAACCCCAUCAUCAACUUUCAAGAUGUCAACUUCCCAGAUUACGUGAUGAGUGAGAUACGGCGAGCUGGCUUUGAUAGACCUACUGGUAUCCAAGGCCAGGGAUGGCCAAUUGCGCUCAGUGGCCGAGACAUGGUUGGAAUCGCUCGAACAGGUUCUGGAAAAACUCUUGCGUACAUCCUGCCGGCAAUCGUGCACAUCAACUUCCAGCCGCGCCUGUUGCGCAACGACGGGCCGAUCGCGCUGAUUCUGGCACCGACGCGCGAACUGGCGCAACAAAUCCAGCAGGUGGCCACUGACUUUGGCCAGUCGACGUUUGUGCGCAACACGUGCGUGUUUGGCGGCGCCUCCAAGGGACCGCAGGCGCGCGACCUCGAGCGCGGAGUGGAGAUUGUCAUCGCCACACCCGGACGGUUGAUUGACUUUCUGGAGCGCGGCACCACCAACCUCAAGCGAUGCACCUAUCUGGUGCUGGACGAGGCUGAUCGUAUGCUCGACAUGGGCUUUGAGCCGCAGAUCAGGAAGAUUAUCGAACAGAUCAGGCCGGAUAGACAAGUUUUGAUGUGGUCGGCUACAUGGCCGAAAGAAGUGCGUCAAUUGGCUGAAGAGUUCCUUCACGAUUACGUUCAAAUCAAUGUAGGAUCUCUACAGCUGUCUGCCAACCACAACAUCAAGCAAGUUGUAGAAAUGUGUGAAGACCAGGAAAAACUUGAGAAAUUGUGUGAUCUACUUCAAAAAAUUAGUCAAGAAGAAGAGAAGAAAACAAUCAUUUUCGUUGAAACAAAACGAGGUGUUGAUGAAAUUUCACGGACUAUUACUCGAUAUGGAUGGCCGGCUGCUAGUAUUCACGGAGAUAAAUCACAACAAGAGCGAGAUUAUGUGUUGAAUGACUUUAGACAAGGAAAAGCAAUGAUAUUGGUAGCAACAGAUGUUGCCGCUCGAGGUCUUGAUGUGGACGACGUGAAGUACGUGAUCAACUACGACUAUCCGUCGAGUUCGGAGGACUACGUGCACCGGAUCGGACGUACGGGUCGGUCGGACCGGACCGGCACCUCGUACACUUUCUUCACGCCGAACAACGCCAAGCAGGCCAAGGACCUGUUGUCGGUGCUCACUGAGGCCGGGCAGCCCAUCGACCCCAAGCUCUAUCAGCUGGCUGAGAUGGCUCGAACUGGAGCCUUUGGCGGACGAGGACGCAGUCGAUUUGGAAAUGGACGUAUGAGAAGCAGCCCGGACCGCGACUUUAGAGGCCGCGGAGGCAGGGGCGGUCGAUUUGAAGGGAGAGGAAGAGGAGGCAGAGAUGGGGGCAGCAGCCGUGGAGGCGGUGACGGUGGCAGGAGGAGUGAGGGAGGAGAGAGAGGCGGCUGGGGUGGCGGUAGAGGGGGUGGCCGCGGAGGUGGUGGAGGUGACUCGGGCGAAGGAGGCGGCUACAAGCGGCCGGCAGCCAGGGGUGGCUACGAUCAGAACGGAGGUGGCGGUCGCGGAGGCGGACGACCGAGCCGUUGGAGCAACGACCAGUCGUCUGAGGAUGGACCGACUCGUGCAAAGCAGUCUCGCUUCUCCAGCUCCACUGAUGCCGCCCCUCCGGCUGCCGCCCCCGCCUACAGUCAGCCGCCGCCUCAGCAGGCCAACGCCUACAACAAACCGCCUCCCAGGUACCAGCAGCAAAGUGCUGCCGCCCCUGCACCCAACAACUACAACCGCUAUCAAGGUGCCGGACAAGGUCAACAACAGACCUACAACCAGGCGCCGCCUCGCAACAACCAGACCUACAACCAGGCGCCGCCUCGCAACAACCAGCACCAACAACAGCAGGCCGGUGGCUACCAGAUGAAUCAGCAGAACUAUCAGAUGCAACAACAGCAACAACACAACUACCAGAUGCAACAGCAACAGCAGUACAUGUAUCAACAACAGCAACAACAUCUGAUGAAGACUCUGCCGCCAAACGCCUUCUCGCAGCCACCUCCUCCUCCACCCCCCCAGCGCACCUAACACGCACGCGGGCGCCUGCAGACGCGCAUGCGCCACUAGGACACUCGAAGCUGUGAACUCAUAACAUAUAGACUUCUAAGUAGUAGCACGGUUGUCACAAGUAUCCAAAUCAAGUGAUAUGAAACUAUCACAGUAUUUUCAAUUUGGAUCCAGUUCACUAUCAAAAUGAAGAGAAGACUUUUAUUCCCAACUAAUGUAUUUUAAAAAUUGGAUCUCACCAUCUUAAAUGCACAUUGAAAACUCUCGUUAAUUAAUCUUCUAACUACUUUACUUUGAUAUUUUUCUUUGGAUAAAUUCGACGUUUCCUUACCAUAGUCUGUGCAAACAUUAGUUUGCAGCAUGAGUCCUUUGGAGUACAGCGCUGCCAGAUUUCACAGAAUCCAGAGAAUCUGUGAAAUAAUUGUGCGAGAGAGAGCGAAAAGAGAGCCUAAUCAGCAUAAAAACGGAAACCGUGUGCUCCUAUUGUUCUAUUGAAAUAACAUUGGCUCUCCGUGUUGCAAACUAAGGUUUGCACGGACUAUAGAUUCAAUUCUUCUCUAAUGUAACGAUUCCAUUAUAUUUUUUAUAUUUAUCACAAAUUUUAGACUGUGAUAUUAUAAAAGUUAAACUAGUUUAUAUUAAUUUCACACAUGUUGGAGAUUCUAACUUGUGUUUUUGUGUAACUCUUGUAGUGUGCGUCAGAAGACUAUCCGAAUAACAUUGAGGUGACACAAAAUAAAGUAUUGUAGAGAUUAAUAAUUAUAAUAUAGUGAACCUUGAAAUAUUGGAUUAAUUAUUAUUACUUCAAGAACGUUUGUCACAUAUUGCAAUGAUAAUUAAUAAUAGUAGUAUUAUUGCUUUACAUGUCAUAGUCCUCUGACAAACAAAUUCUAGGUUGAAUGCAAGCUACAUUUGAAAUUACUUCAUAUUUUGUAUUGUGUGGCUCUUGUUUAAUCAAUCUUUGCAGCUUUUUAUGCUUUCUGACUUCACAUUAUAUUACAUUUACACAUUUUGUAGUUACAGUAUCAUCGAUUGAUAUACGAGUACAUUUAUUUUGAAUUUAGAUAUACUAAUAUCUACAAUGAUUUUGCAAUAAAAAUUAUGAUAAUUAUUGUUCUUAUUUCAAAUUUAUGAUAGUAUUUUAUAUUGCUCCCCUCUAUUUUAGGUUUUGAAUUAUUGAACUUAUCGAGUAACUUCUAUUUAUGGAGCAUUCCUGACUUGAUCUUAUUAAAACGAAAUUAUUAGUGUGGCAUAUUGUGUGUUUUCCUUUAGAUCCAUUAUGUUCUUUGUAUAAUAAAGUUAUCCAGUACAAA